GCCUAUGGGGGGUAUGAUGGGUGGUAUGCCUAUGGAAAUGAAACCUAUGGGUGGUAUGCCCAUGGGAGGUAUGAUGGGUGGUAUGCCAAUGGGUGGAAUGAAGCCUAUGGGAGGUAUGAUGGGCGGAAUGAAGCCAAUGGGAGGUAUGCCUAUGGAAAUGAAACCUAUGGGUAGUAUGCCAAUGGGUGGUAUGAUGGGUGGAAUGAAGCCAAUGGGAGGUAUGAUGGGAGGUAUGCCUAUGGAAAUGAAACCUAUGGGUGGUAUGCCAAUGGGUGGUAUGAUGGGUGGAAUGAAGCCAAUGGGUGGUAUGAUGGGAGGUAUGCCUAUGGAAAUGAAACCUAUGGGUGGUAUGCCAAUGGGUGGUAUGAUGGGUGGAAUGAAGCCAAUGGGAGGUAUGAUGGGAGGUAUGCCUAUGGAAAUGAAACCUAUGGGUGAUAUGAUGGGUGGAAUGAAGCCAAUGGGAGGUAUGAUGGGAGGUAUGCCUAUGGAAAUGAAACCUAUGGGUGGUAUGCCAAUGGGAGGUAUGAUGGAAAGUAUGCCGAUGGGAGGUAUGAUGGGAGGCAUGCCGAUGGGAGGAAUGAUGGGAGCUAUGCCUAAUGGAAGUAUGAAACCCAUGUCACCUAUGAAACCCAUGUCACCCAUGCCCUCUAAAUCAAAAGGAGGAUCAUACUAAGAGCAGCCGCUGUCCAACAUGUUCAUCAACAAUAGCCAUUCUCACCUUUUCAUGUUUUCUUACUUAUUGAGAAAUAAAUAUUUAUUAUGAAUG